AUGUCAUUAUGGAACAGCACCUGUUUAUUACCGACGAAUGCUUCAAUCAAUGUUGAAGGAUUGUACAAUGAAUAUUAUUUUGAUACUGGUUGUUCAGAUACAACAACAGAUCAAUUGCUAGAAUCAACGUUUACGUUUGCCACAACAAAAAAUGUGUUAACUACUGAUCAAGAAAUCUAUUUGAACGUUAGUUUCAGAACAAAGUAUGAUGGAAUCAAUGAGCGUAAACAACUGAAUUUAGUCGUAGUGCUUGAUGUUUCUGGUUCGAUGAGUGAGCAUUUUUCAUCACCAUCCACCAAUGGAUUAGAAUCAAUAAAGAAUCAAGACUUAUCGUCGUUAACAAAAAUUGAUGUAGCUAAACAAGUAGUCAAACAAUUAAUCAAUAACUUGAAAUCAAAUGAACAAUUUGGACUCGUUUUAUUCAAUUCCAGUGCCAAUCUUUUACAACCACUUCGAAAAGUAACGGGUUUAAAUAUGAACGAAUUAUACGAGUAUGUUGACCAAAUAAGAGCAGAUGGUGGAACAAAUAUGGAGUGUGGCAUGAAAAUGGCUGUUCAAAUGUUUUCGGAUAUGUUAAGCGAGUACGAAAUAAUUGGUGAUGAACACCAUCUCAAUCACAUAUUAUUUCUCACAGAUGCACAACCCAAUCUAGGUGGAGGGAAAGAAUCUCUAAUAGAUUCAGCAGUACAAGCUUCAAAAUUAAAUAUAUUUGUUACAUAUGUUGGCGUUGGAUUAGAUUUUAACAGUGAGUUAGUCUAUCAGUUAACAAAAACACGUGGCAGCAAUUAUUAUUCGGUACAUUCAAAUGAACAAUUUAGAAAAGUAUUAAAUGAUGAUUUUAAUUAUAUUAUUAAUCCAAUUGCGUUUGAUAUUAUGGUUCUUAUCGAAUCAGAAAAAUAUGAAAUUGAAAAAGUAUAUGGUAUACCAAAAACUGGAAUGACAAAUGAAUAUUUUACAUUUGCUUCAUUUUCACCCUCUUCGUUAGAUAACGAAAGUAUCAGAGGUUGUAUUUUAGUUAAAUUAAAAGAAAAAAUUAUUAGUAAUCUAAAUCCGUCAUCCAUGUUAAAAUUAACUACAAAAUUUGAUGAUAUCGAUGAUAAACGUCAUCAAAGCACAAUUGAAGUUGAUCUAAAUGAAAGAUUGUCAAGAAUCUUAUCGUCCACUGAUGAUACAGAUCUGGUGGUGUUAAGUACUGAUGACGAAAAUAAAUAUGAAAAUACUGGUAUUAGAAAAGCGAUUUUAUUAGCACAAUAUGUCUCAUUCAUUACCAAUGUUUUAACCAAUAUUCAACAAGAAACAAACACAUUUUAUGAUGAUUUAGGAAAACCUAGUAAACGAACAACUAGUCAGCAUUCUGAUGAUGGCAAUCAAGCUAAAUUAAAAAUAUCAAAAAUUAUGAAACAUGAUCUCAUACAAUUUCGGAAACAUUUUUUGAGAGAAAUUGAUGCCAUUGGUGAUAAAAAUUUAGAACAUGAAUUAGAUAUACUAGAUAAGUUUCGUUAUGCAGAGGAAAUCUAG